UCCCCACCACUCCCCCCUCUCUCUGUCUUUCCCCACCAUUCUCUCUCCCUCCCCUCCAUCUCUAUAGUUGCUGAGUGAGAAGAUAAGUGGUGCUGAAGGGACAAAGUUAGAUGAAGACUUCAUGGAGAUGGAGAGGAAAAUCGAUGUCACCAACAAAUCAGUGUUGGACCUCUUGACCAAAACAACAGAAUACCUACAACCUAACCCAGCUUCCAGAGCCAAGUUGGGGAUGUUAAACACAGUGUCGAAGAUGAGAGGACAGGUGAAGACCACAGGAUACCCACAGACCGAGGGCCUACUGGGGGACUGUAUGAUGCGCUAUGGACAUGAUCUGGGAGACCAGUCCUCCUUCGGCGGUGCGUUGGUGGACAUCGGUGAGGCCAUGAGGCAGAUGGCCGAAGUGAAAGACUCUCUGGACAUCAGUGUCAAACAAAACUUUAUUGACCCGCUCCAGAACUUACAGGACAAAGACCUCAAGGAGAUCACGCAUCACCUGAAGAAGCUGGAGGGGAGGCGGUUGGACUUUGACUAUAAGAAGAAGCGUCAGGGGAAGGUGCCUGACGAGGAGAUCCGUCAGGCGGUUGAAAAGUUUGAGGAGAGCAAAGAGCUGGCCGAGAGGAGCAUGUUCAACUUCCUGGAGAACGAUGUGGAGCAGGUGAGUCAGCUGUCAGCGUUGGUUGAGGCGGCGUUAGACUACCACCGUCAGUCCUUGGAGAUCCUAGAAGACCUCAACACCCAACUACAAAACAGGAUAUCCUCAGCCAGCAGUCGACCGAAGAGAGAAUUUAAACCAAAGUCCAUCAUGAGCAACAUUGAGACCAUAGACAACACUCAACACAAUGGAACAUAUAGCUCCUCACUCAAGUCAUCAGACAUCCAGAUCAACCACACAGUAAAUGGAAAUGGGAAAACUGAUCCCUUCACCACCGUUCCUCUGUCCUGGCCAGAGAGUCCCACUUUCAACGGCCACCAAUCGGAGGUGCUGGACCAGCCGUGUGCCAGGUCCCUGUAUGACUUUGAGCCAGAGAACGAUGGUGAGCUGGGCUUUAAGGAGGGUGACAUCAUCAUCCUCACCAACCAGAUAGAUGACAACUGGUACGAAGGCAUGAUAAACGGAGACUCUGGCUUCUUCCCAAUCAACUAUGUGGAGGUUAUCGUACCCCUGCCCCAGUGAGACAGGAACGGACAGGACACCACCCAAUCAGGGACCAAUCUCCAGAGCCCAACCUCCUCACAGCCUCCCCUAGUUCCUACACCCUAUGCACCUGUGGAGAUCUGAGAGGAUGUUGUUAUUUUGAUUUCAGAGUUAUUUCCAUAUAGAUUGCACCGGUCGAAUCCGCUCAGAUCUCCACAGGUGCAUAGGGCGCAGGGUCUUGGUGUUGAUUUGGGAUUAUACACAGUGUCCAUUUCAUCAGACUUCAAUCCCCACCCUCAAGCCUCCUGUCAUCAACCCCCAGCCUCCAGUCCCUACCCUUACAUCCUCAACCUUAGAAACACAGUACUCAAUCCCAAAUCGACCCUAUACCCUAGACACUUUCGUAGAUCUGAAAAGAUUGGACAGGUAUAAGGAAGGAAGUGGACAUUCUAAGCAGCAUAUCAGAAGGCAGAAUGAAGCUAAUCUGAUCUUUUUAAUACCAAUCCUUUAAGAUCAAUAGGAGUGUGUAGGGGUUAGAGGGAAUAUGGGUUUAUUUGGGAUUUCAGCAUAACUCUCAGCACAACAACUCUCAGCACAACAACUCCUAGCACAACAACUCCUAGCACAAACCUGUCUAAUUUAUUGUCAAAACGACAUGUAAUCCCUAGUCUCAGACUACAACCCUCUAAUACCCCAGCACCCACACAGCCCCUAACCCAAACCACAAACUUCAUGAAAUCGUCAUAUGAAAUUGAUCACAACACACUUCAUCAAAGUCCUCCUCAGAUGACCACGCCUUGCUUUUCGCCACAGUCAUUCAAUAAGUGUACAACUUUUCUCUUUGUCUUUUACAAUAUUUAUUUUCUACAUUGUUCUUUUCAUGGUUUGUGGAAUGUGAAAAUCAGGGUUCCUCCCCCAAACUGUGUUCCAUUUGGAGCAGCUCCAGGUGAAGCCAUCAGACAAGACGACUAAAAUAAUCACCUGACAAUCGCUGUGUAAUAGGUGUGGACUAACUGAAGAAAAGUCAUUCCAGGUUAUCAAAGAGGAUGCUUUUCUCAUGAUCUGCCACCAUGAGAAAACAAAAUGGAGUCUCCUGGAAAAAUCCACAUUGCUACUGUGCAUCUCCAUUUGGUUCGGGUUUUCCUGUGUAACUCUUCUUCAAGUGUUGAUGUUGAGUUAGGAGUGGUCUUUUUGUUCCUUUUCUCUGCUGUUAUCUGUAGGGCCAGGAGUUAUGCCUGACCAUGUUACCUGACCAAUACAAACUCUCGUCCAUAGUUCUAGGUUAUUAUAGGCUUUAACAUGUGCCCAGAGUUGUUCCUGUUGUCCGUCUGCCUGCUUGUCUGCCUGUUGUGCUCUUAAGUGUUAUCCCAAACACAUAUUUUUAAACUGUAAGGAACUAAUUUUACAACUCUGAAUGUCCCUCUCUCUCUCUGUGUUUACAUGGUCUGGUCUUACUGUGACGUAAAGGCUCCUCUAAGGACUGUACCACUGUUCUGUGUCAGAUGGGGGUAAAUGCCUUGACCCACUUGGACCGUUUAAGUGCUUUUUAAAAUGUUGUCUGUAUUGCACUGAAGCUGUAGACCCGAACGCACACCUCCGGACAUGCACAUACUGUCUGUUUUCUAGUUUCUCCUCAAGCACUGCACUUUCUAUGUCCUUCACCAUGAGAGUACAGUACCGUCUGAUGGUGAAUAAAUAGAUUGAUAUGGACCACGAUAUGUACUGUAUGUGAUGAAACAGUUUGUCUGCCAUGUAACGUCAGACCACCAUUGUAGAUUGAAUGAAGUCUCCAAAUGAUACACAUUAAAGGCACACUUUGUCACUUUUCUUUCCCCUGUGGUCGUGCCACAAAGUACUUACACACUCCAAACCAAACUAACAUUGUUUGAUUCACAUCAGUCAGGCUCUUCUUUGUCUUUGUACUUUGCACUUGCAAAGACUCUCAAGCCUUCAAAACAAACAGGUGUUAUCUAAAGCCUCACAGGUGACCAGAAAUAGAAGCAAUGAAGUGUGCCUUUAAUGAGAUAUGCCUGUCUAGUAUCAUGUCUGAAGUCCGAUAACCCUGGGCUUAUUUAGGAAGUGCAGCAUUGCUCUGACCUGACCUUCUAAUUGACACGUCUCUUUAGCCUGAUAGUUGGUUUUUAACUGCCAAUAGUCUCUCUCUCUCUCUCUGCUGAGAAUGGAAUUCAUCAGAGCCCUAUAAUAAGUAUUAUGUACUGUGUAUAUAUAGCUCUGGGCUUUAUAUGUUCCCCAUUCAACAGAAUGGAUAACUCUAGAAGGAUUGAACAACAAUGCCAUAACUGAAUCAUCAGCAUGGAUGGUCAUUUGUUUUCCUUUUUCAUUUAGAAAAACAGUAUUUGAAAAGCCACUGUAGUGUGUGGACAUUCCCUUUACCCAAAGCCACUGUAGUGUGUGGACAUUCCCUUUACCCAAAAGCCACUGUAGUGUGUGGACAUUCCCUUUACCCAAAAGUCACUGUAGUGUGUGGACAUUCCCUUUACCCAAAGCCACUGUAGUGUGUGGACAUUCCCUUUACCCAAAAGUCACUGUAGUGUGUGGACAUUCCCUUUACCCAAAAGCCACUGUAGUGUGUGGACAUUCCCUUUACCCAAAAGUCACUGUAGUGUGUGGACAUUCCCUUUACCCAAAAGUCACUGUAGUGUGUGGACAUUCCCUUUACCCAAAAGUCACUGUAGUGUGUGGACAUUCCCUUUACCCAAAAGUCACUGUAGUGUGUGGACAUUCCCUUUACCCAAAAGUCACUGUAGUGUGUGGACAUUCCCUUUACCCAAAAGUCACUGUAGUGUGUGGACAUUCCCUUUACCCAAAGCCACUGUAGUGUGUGGACAUUCCCUUUACCCAAAAGCCACUGUAGUGUGUGGACAUUCCCUUUACCCAAAAGCCACUGUAGUGUGUGGACAUUCCCUUUACCCAAAAGCCACUGUAGUGUGUGGACAUUCCCUUUACCCAAAAGCCACUGUAGUGUGUGGACAUUCCCUUUACCCAAAAGCCACUGUAGUGUGUGGACAUUCCCUUUACCCAAAAGCCACUGUAGUGUGUGGACAUUCCCUUUACCCAAAAGCCACUGUAGUGUGUGGACAUUCCCUUUA